AUGGCCCCCUCUCGCGAACCCUCCCACCAAGCCUCAAAACGCAACACCACCCCCAGCUACACCUGCGGCGUCCUGCAAAUCGACUGCGGCGGCGGCUACUGCUGCCCCCUCGGCCAAGUGUGCUUCGCCUCCACCUCCUCCGCCUCCACCUCCUCCUCCACAACAUGGUGCCGCCUCGCCCCCGGCAUCCCCGGCACCGACCAGCCCGCCCUCCUUGCCCCCGGCGCCGUCGACGUCGCGGCGUCGCACUCCACAGCUACUACCACCACGACCACCACCACCUCGUCCUCGUCCUCCCCGCCCCCCAUAACCACGCCCCCAACCCCAACACAACAACCAUUCUCCCCCCCUCCCAGCACCAGCGCCGGCAGCGGCUACCCCUCCCCCCCAGUCGACCCCUCCUCCCGCGCGUCCCCCCGCCCCAUCGCCGGCACCGGCGUCGCGGGCAUCGUCAUCGGCGUCGUGCUGCUCGGCGCGCUGCUCGGCGGCUCCGCGUGGUCGCUGUGGCGGCGGAGGCGGCGGGAGAAGGAGAGGGCGAGGGAGGAUGCGUUACUGGCGGGGGGUUUGGAUGGCGGGGGGGAUGAGGGUGGGGUGAAAGGGUUUUUGAAGGGAGGAGGAGGAGGAGUGGUGGUGGCGGAGAGGGAGCGGGAGCGGCGGGGGGUGGGGAUGGGGAUGGAGGAGUGUGAGGGCCGGGGCUUGGUGGAUAUGUAUGCGGGGUGUAAUGUGGGGAAGGUGCCGGGAGAGGUGCCGGGGAGGGUGGAAGUGGUGGGGGAUGGACCGCUGCUGCCGUCGCCGACGACGACGUGUGUGGUUUCGAGGAAGCCGCUGGCGAGCGCGAGUCGGAGAGGGAGGGGGCGCGAGCGAGGGCCGGUGUAUGAGAUGGAUGGGACGAGUCCGUUGGCUAGGACGGCGGCGAGAGGGUUGACAGGGUGA